AAGAGGAAAACCCUGAAAUCCAACAAGCGUUUGCCCGGAUCAUCAAGCUAUUGCUCCUGAAUGGCUCGCGUCUGGAUGACAAGGACAACCAAUUCGUGGAACGGCCUGGCAAUGGGUGGAUUAAGGAGCUGACGAGCGAGGUGAUGGUAGCAGGGAAUUCGUCAAAGAUGUCGUCGCGGCACCCCCAACCAUUGUUGCGACCGCAACGUGGCUCUCCACAGGAAAGGGCCUGCUCCGCAUUUGAGGUCACGCUCAUUCAGGUGUUCCUACAGGAAGGAGAGGAUGGGAAAUUACGGAACAACUUCAACUCACCCCACCAGGCUAUUGAUGUCCCGUCUGUAUAUGAUUUCAUAUACGAGGGUGAUCGAGGCGUUUCUCAUGCAUCGGGUGACUCCCGACCAGAUAAGCUCGGUCGGGACUCAUUCAUAUGCCGCUGGCUGCAUUUGCCCGCCAACAACGAGCAGUGGGUUCGCGACCUCUUUAUCAGCAUGGGGAUUCAGGAUCACUCAAUGAUCGACCAGCGAUACCAGGGGUCUCGUUUAAUCAACCGCUACAUGAUCCCACAGGCCAAGAAGUACAAAUACACCCGCCGUACCGAUCAUCAGUUGAGCAUAGCAAUGCAGCCGGAGUUAGCAGAACAGGAAGCUGUAGUGAUAUUCAUGCCCAUCUUGGGUUUCGAAAAGCACGGCAACCGGAAGAAGCUUAGUCAAGCAUUCUGCGACGUACAAGUGGCAACUGCACAGGCUCCUGUUCACGAUGCCGACGAAGCAGCAGCAAGGUUGUUGCUCAGUGGCUACCUAGCCUCUCGCGGCGUAGCGCCGGUCCACUGUCGCCGAACCCUUGACCAAUUUUCAUACUACAUGUUGGAAUCGACUGAGAGACGGGAUAAUGAUCAAGUCACAUACAAAUGGGCGGAGAAUCAGAAACCACAAACGGACCCUGAUGGCCGGCCCGUUGUCAUGGUUGACCAGCUCUGGCUAUGGGCUCUUCAGGACGGAACCGUUAUCACCAGUUUCCCAAACACCUGGAACCAGGACGAGGAGUUCAACCUGCGCAAAGUCUUCGUUGACGAGUUGUUGAACAACGAAGACUGGGUGAUACAGUCCACCGAAGAUCUGCUGCACCUUGUCUUGAAGACAAGUCUUGACUUCUUCGGACGGAAGGGUCCGCAGGACUGUCGGUUCUACGAAUGCUUUCAGUCGCAUAUCAACAAUGUCUCUGAGCACCAGAGGGAUCUAUACCGUGACUUCCGUGGCUUGACUCGUGACCUGCAAGACCAAGAACUCACGCCUGCACAAAAAAAGCAGAAACUCGAAAGGCUCCUUUCCCUGGAUAUGGAGAUGGAGCUGUUAGGCGAAAUCCUCGACAUUCAGGACGAGCUCUCCAUUGUCAAUGAUGUUCUAACGCAGCAAGAGGUUGCGCUCAACGAGCUCCGGCAGCUUUAUACCGAACAAGACCACGCGAGCAUAACCAACACCGGCAUUGGAAAAGGGAAGAUGAAGGAUUUAGGCGUAGAGACACCCGUGACCAACCAGGUGACAUUACUGAGCGCGGGCCAAGAGCCUCAUAUUCUCUGGGAUCGUGGCCUUAUGCAUAAGACAAUGCUAAUCUUGACAAAUAAUUUUCGGGCUAUCUCAGAUUUGUCAUUCACGGCGUCGAAGGUAGAGCGCAUGCUUCAAAGCCUCCUAAACCUAAAACAGAGACAGGCGCAGAGUUGGGAGGCUCGAUUUGCGAGGGAGGGCUCCGAAGAGACUCAGCGUCAGGGAAAGAUGAUUCUCUUUUUCACCAUUGUCACGAUCAUAUCUCUACCUCUCAUGUUCAUGGCAAGCUUCUUCGCCCUGGACGUCGAUGCGUGGCCAAAGGAUGCCGCUUCAGGGGAGACAAAAUGGCAGCUUGGCCAAGUAUCUAGCUACUUGUUCGGCGUAUCGGCCGGUGUCUCGAUUCCACUCAUCCUCGUCGCAUUCUAUAUGACGGGGUAUAUCGGGUCCCACCCCACGACUCGUCACAAAUACGCACCAAUCUUCGGAGAUCUCACCUUUCACACAAAGAUUCCCGUCCUCCACCACCUCUGGAAGUACCGCCAGUACCACCGCACGAGCCGGGUGGUCCGGAAAGCCCAGAAAGGCAAGCACCUCUACAAGGAAGUCACCGAGGAUAAGUAUAUCGCCGACUACCCGCUUCACUACUACACGCGUAAAGGCAUUGACUUCUUCGGUGAUUGGCUCCGUCCACUGCUUGCCGUACUCCUGGCCUGUCUUUGCCUGCGUAGGAUGAGGCGGCAGAAACUGCCAUUACCCGAAUCUACCCGCUGGGGAAGCACCGACUCGGCCGACAAGCCACUCAGCAGCUCGUCAAUGUCCCUGGAUGAUUGGCCCACAAACCUCAGUGAUGAAACGGUCGACUCGCUACAUUCGGACGGUGAGCCGAGGACUUGGUCGGUGUUGGCAAAAGAGCGUAGACGUCGCCGUGCCGCAUUUCGACAAUUCCGACAGCACAGGAGGCUUGACGAGGAAGCCGAAGAACCUGAGAUUCCCGAUCAAUGGUCGAUGCGAGUGUCGUUGCGGACAUCCGAUCCAGCUGUAACCGACGGAGCCACACCGGCAUUCCCAAUGGGGAUUUUGAGGCGGAGGAGGGCGAGGAGCCCUGAUACUGAGCUGGGGAAGAGUAGUUAACUGAAUCUACGAGACGCGAGACGGGCGUGGGACAAGUUUGACAGACUUCGAACAUGGGUCAACGUGAAACUCU